UCUAGCCUAUACUACGAAGCAGAAUGAUGACAUCAACAGCGUUCCCGAAGUACGAGCAUAUGGCGACCAAUGUCGCACGCUUCAGCACCAGCUAGCACUGAUGUCGAUGGAACAAGACACCGGGGCACUGCCACGACGCAGUGCCAGGCUUGCAGGGCGUGCCAGCUCUGUGAUACCUCUCCGACGCAGGACUCAGCGACUCAGCAGCGGGACGACUCCAGCGGCAUCGAGUACAGCAUUGACGGUACCGGUUACCACCGGAGUUCUUCCCGCAUGCCCGGUCCAAGGGGCGGGUGAGCCGUUGGCAGGUUACCUUCAGCGGGUACAGGCAUUCACUGAUGCCGUAGCAACCGCAAAGGCACAGGAGGAAGCAGAGGCGGAGCGUCAGCGGCUGGCCAAUGAGGCGGCAGCCCAAACUCAGCAGACUGCUGAGGAUGACGCAGCAGCACGGGACCAACGGAAUGCCGCCAGCACGGAAUCCCUGAUUCAUAAUGAGAAUCAGUGGACAACGAUCCUCGAGGGCAUGAUCUUUGUGCCUUCGGAAGAGCACGCAGAUCCGACACCGGCGGAGGCAGAGAGGACUCACCUGGCUAACGUGAUGUUGACGAUGAUGCGAGCGAUCAUGUGGAACAAUACAAUGUUAGCAGUACAAAUACACGAAGGCAGACAGCUGAAACAGAUUCAGCAGAAGGAUUCUGCAGCCUUGUCAGCAGCUGUUCGCACUACCACCACACAUCAGCAACAACAGCAACAGCUGUGGAACACCACCACCGCACGCGUCAGCAGCAUCGAGGCUAAGGCCUCAGCAGCGCCAGGCUGCACGACAGACGAGACGAAGCAACUCAACGGGCGCAUCGAUCACGUCGUCAAGCUCAUCGGGGACAUAGGUAUUUUCAAUGGGCCGGACACGAUCAGUAGCACGCUGAACAUGCUGCCGAAGCGUCUGCCAGCAGGGCGGUGCCAGCGUGUGGUGUACGUUCCACAAGCCAAUGCACCUCUUCCAGGUCAGGCAGGCCUUGUGAUAGAUCAAUUCCAGUACACGGUAACGGAUGAGCACGGCUUGCAAUCUCUGGCGGCAACAGUACAAGUUCGCCUGACAAGCAACUUCAACGACACUCCAGUGGCUGGACUGCCAGGAAUGGCAUUGUCAUUCGACGGCGAGGAUGAUAUCUUGAGUAUUGCUAAAACAAAGAGUACCCUGGAUGAGUUCAAGGCCAUCUCAGUGGACGUUCGGUUCAAGGUUCGGGGGCAAACUGGCACAUUUGUGACACUGGUCGAGCGCAAGGGUUCCUUCUGGCUGGGUUGGGCUGGUGGUCAUGGCCUAUCAUUCAGGGUCAUGACUACUGAAGGCAAUGUGUCAGUACAUUCUGGAGUGAUGUGGGAUGACAAGUUAUGGCACCAUGUGGUUGCAACGUACGGUUUGAAUGGAACGACAAGGAUGUAUGUAGAUGCUCGAUUGGUGGCAGAGUCUCUGCUCAACGAGAAGCCAACAAUUGAUGCCAUUAUGCUGCCCACAAAUAGUGGAAUUGUGGUUGGUGCCAAUGAGGAUGCGGACCUGGGUUCUGCCUUUUCCGGUUAUGUCGACGAGAUCCGCAUCUGGUCCAAGGAACUGGUCUGGAUGGAGGUGUUCCUCCUUUGGAGAAUGGACCAGGAUGUCUUGGGAACAGAGGAGGGGCUGCUUGUAUAUCUGCCAUGCAACGAGGGUGAGGCAACCGCACCAUUUGUGUUCGACAAAACACGGAUGCGAAACGAUGGGCAUCUCGGCAAACUCAACGGGGCAGGCUACUCCGAUGGCCAGAGAAAUCACUUCCCUUGGUUCGUGGCAUCAACGGAUUUGUUCGGGAAUCGCAAAUUUGUGACGGAAGACGAUGAAGGAGGGAGAAAUGUUAUUGUGCAUUUGCAUGGCGGGGAUAAUGAAGGGGGUGUUACAUUCUAUAUUGCAGUACUUCCACUCAAGGGCAAGCUCUAUCGAGGGUUCAACAAGGGGAAAAUUCUUGGACCGCAGAUUCUGAGUAGUCCUGCACCCGUGCGAGGCUCGACGGUUGUGUACGUUCCAGACCCAGAUGCUUCAGGGAUAGAUAUCUUCAAGUACAUGUCAUACGAUGGAAGAGAUUUUUCGUAUUGGCAUGGGGUGGUGAUUGAGAUCAAGCCAGCCUUGGAUGGUCCGAUAGCCCUUUCUAUGACGGUGGUGGGAGAGGAGAACCAACCUUUGACCAUCACUCUGCAGGGAGGAGACAAAGAUGUCGAGGACACCCUCACAUUUAUGAUACGACAGCUCCCAGGGAAGGGAAGCCUGCACCAAUCGGAUAGAUUGGGAAGACCUGAUGGGGAUGGUCUGUACAAGCCGUGGACUCCUGUGAAGGACAAGAAGCACAGGGUGGUUUACAUUCCUUUGGCAAACACCUUUGACGAAUCCAGUGCCUAUGAUUCUUUCGUAUUUGCCAUUCAGGAUAACAAAGGUUCCAUUGGGGAAGGCCUGGUCACAAUUCGCAUCAUGCCCGUGCCUGGCAUGGUUGUGGUCCCUGUUGCCGGUUUUGCUGGUUAUGCCCUUGCCUUUGAUGGCCAAGCGGACCAGGUGGUUCUACCCGGUGUCUGUCAGUUACAUCCGGACGUCCCUGUGGUCACGGAAUUUUGGUUCCGAACCUCCAUACCCAUCUUCAGCUACGGUAUGGCCCUGAUGACCCUUGGACCCAUCUCACUGCGCUGGGUUCGUCCUGGAGUGCUGCAGUUGAUGUGGAAAGGUGCCAAUAGCACAGACAACAGAGCAGUGAGCACUUUCAGCUCUUACAAUGACGGUGGUUGGCACUAUGCAAGCAUAAGCGUGAAUGGGAGCGUUCUUGGGCUACUGGUGGAUGCCCAGCAGGUUGGCAAGGUAGAGGAUGUCAGCUGGGAAGGGAUGCACCUGGGGAUGAGACCCAGCCUAGUCCUUGGCGCUGCUGGGGCUGAUAAUGACACAAUGAAUACGACGGAUGUUCUUGCUGUUGCUGCUGCUGAGGCUGAGGCUGAGGCUGAGGUUGCUGCUGCUGCUGCUGCUGCUGGGGGCAAUAAUGGCACAGUGGAUGUUGAUUUUCAGGGUAUGAUUGACGAAGUAAGGAUCUGGGAACAUGUGUUUCGUACGGAAGAAGACGUGGACCGAACCAUGCGCUCGCCGCUGACUCAGCCGUACGCUGACGGGGUUGUUCCUGAAGGGUUGGUCGCGCACUUUCCGAUGAAUGAGGCGCAAGGUCUGACUUUGACAGAUGUAGUAUCCGGGAAGGUGUUUCGAGAUGCGCUCGGGAACGGAACUGGGACAGAAGGAGGACAACCCAAAUGGGUCCCAUCCACAGUACCUCUUCACAACCUCGUCGUCGCCCCCCAGGGAGAAGAUACAGUCAUUCCCCUUCCUGGAGUGACCGAAGACACCGUCGAAAGGAAGGUGGUUGCAGUGAUCACAUCUUUGCCCAAGGCAGGAAUGCUGUACGUUGACGAGGGGAAUGGCACACGUGGCACAAACAUAACCUCAAUUCCUGGCUUUGUCUCACGAAACUCCGUCAUCUACAACUCUGGACCAGAUCCCGAUGCGAAUGGAGAUGGUUAUGGGAAUUUUAAGUAUGUCAUGGCCAAUCAUGAGGCAGUUGCAUAUCACCGAUUCUACCAGAACUUCCUAUUUUAUAAUGUGAGUUCUGGUGAGGUGAACAUCUUGUCAACUUCAACGCCUGUCACCGUGCAUGUGAAUGUGACACACGUGAACCACCCACCCACUGGCUGCAAAGGCAGUGCUGCACAUGUCAAUGGGUCCAACAUUACCCUUUCCUCGUCCUCCGGAUGCAUCAUCGCUCUUGAAUCCAGUGCCUUAAACAGCAGCGCCAGUAGAGACAUCAUUAUUGUGCUGAACGCUACUGAUCCGGAUGGUGACGAUGUCUCCGUACGGCUGACAUAUCUGCCGCUGAAUGGGUUGUUGUACCCAUUACGGCAGAAUGAGUCAUUUGCAAGGCCAGGGGGAACUGUGAAUCGCACUUCCGAUGAGAUCUUGGAAUUGGAUGAUGUCUUUGCAGUUCGUUACCGGCCCCGAGCCAACGUCCCAGACAGCUUCGGCUAUGUCGUUUGGGAUGGGGAGUAUUUCUCAGAAGAGCAGAGGAUUAUCAUCACUGUGGAUGACACCUCACUCCCAACAACCGCAAGUGGCAUGGUGGUUGGAGACCCAGGAAAUGCGUUGUCCUUUGAUGGCAUCGAUGAUGAGGCACAGCUGGGAGAUUGGAAAGCCUACGGAAUCGAGAAUGCUGUGUCCAUUGGCCUCUGGUUCCGCACAUCUGCCACAAACAAUGACGCUUCGAUGACAUUGAUCUCUGCAGGCCCAUACAGAUUGGGUUUGGAUGGCGUCAUGGGGCUGACCUUCAACGUAGGUCCUGAGUGUGUUCCGUCUUUUGAAACCUAUAAUGAUGGAAAUUGGCAUUACGUGGCGGCUGAGUGGGAUGGGAAGAGGGCGAGGAUGAUCGUUGAUGGUCAGGAUGCUGUAAAGAACACAACUGCACCAUACAGAGAGAUUGGCAACCUCCUGCUUCAAGGAUCGUAUGGUCAUGCUGGAAACGUGUCAGGAACAGUCCUCGUUGGCAGAGAUCCGUCUGGGGGAAACAGCUCAAUGGAGACUUCUCUCAGCCUGAGACGGCUGCUUCAACAGCAGUCAACAACUGAAGUAGGCAUUGGAAAGGAGGUGGAUGCCCUUCAGAUCCAGGAAGAUCACUCAUACUUCCAAGGGGAUAUGGACGAGCUCAGUCUGUGGAAGAAUGCGACGGCAGUGAAGAUGACAGAUGCGAUGGUGCACCAGCGGCGACCAUUCUCCCAGGUUGAUUAUGGAGAUGGUAUUGUUGGAUAUUGGCGUUUCAAUGAACCCAUCGGUUUUGUUCUUGAGAGCGAGGUGAAACCUCCGGCCAAAGUCGAUGUAUCAAGUUUCAUGUUGGGUAACAAAGGGAUCAUCUCAACCACACCUCAACGCAUAGAGUCUACCCUGUUCCGCUUUGGUUCUGUAGUUAUGGUUAUGGAAGACCAAAGUGCACUGGUCAAACUCCCCAUCUUUGCCCCUGACGGCAGCCAGCCGUGGGUCAAUGUUACAAGAACACCGAAGAGGGGGGUCUUGGAAGAUGGUGUUUCCCGCACGAGGGUUCAUGUAGGAACCAUAGUCAAGGCCUCCAAUGGCAUUAGGUAUAUCCCUCACCGGGACUUCUUUGGAGCCGACAGUUUUGCUUACACUGUGGAGGAUGGGGCCCAAGGGUCAAGCGAACAGGUGGUGACGCUGCAGGUGGUCCCAGCAGCGGACCCUCCAAACGUCCAUGAUGCAAUCUUCACUGCAAAUUUCUACUCCGAGGAGCCUCUGGUAAUUGAUCUGCCGGCAUCAGAUGUUGAUCGAGCUGGCAUGGGUGUUAUACUGAGGACUCUUCCAUCCAAGGGAUUCUUGUACAAGGGUUUGGUUGAAGGGACUAACCAACCAUCAGGCCUUAUCGAGCGACCGGGGUAUGAAGUGAUGCCUGAUGCCCGGGGUCGGCAUCAAAUUGUUUAUGUGCCAAUGUUGGAUGAUGAUGAUGGUCCGUUGAUCGACAGUUUCUCGAUCUCUGCCAAGGAUGAGAGCGGCCAUGAAAGCAGAGAGGCUAGGGUCAUCAUAGACGGAAUGGGAGGGCUACAGAGCAUGCGUUCCAUGUCCUUUGAGGAAAAGCCGAUCGCAGGGGGUGCAGGUCAUGCACUUGCCUUCGAUGGCAAAGGGCAGAUCGCAGUCUUGGGUUCGCUCAGGGACUUUGGAUUUGGUAACAGUUCCAGCCUUAACUCUGGCUCUGGAGCUCCCAUAAUCGUGCCCGAACUUACAACCACAUCCGGUAAUGUGUCACCGGCCGCACUGGGGGGUGGGGGUGUCUUUACCUCAUCCACUCUCAGCACUGAGGGGGGUGCUGGCAGAAAACCACCUGCCCUCGCCGGAACAGAGCAUCUGGCCGGACCUAAUGUCAGCAAAAGCAGUGUCAACAGUGGGAUUGCAAAUGAGGCGGAGCACGUGGGGGAGCAAAAUCUCAAUAACGGCACUGUUUCAGCCUCGCUUUCGACUUCUCAAAUUCCACUGAUGUCGAAUAAGAGCGAGACGGUGCAACUAGGCCUGCAGACGUCCAUCAACUCUGGCAGCGAUGUAAGUCAGGGAAUUUCAGCAACAUACGACAGCUUUCUGGGUCCAGCAAUUGUCGAUCUGAACUUGAACAUUUCUGGUUUCGAUAUUAUAUCUCCUGCAGCUUCGCCAGAAACGAGCAAGGUUAAAGAAGCCGGAUCAGUACAAGGGCUGAUGGCUGAAUCGUCUGUAAAAGGACCGAGUAAGAUCCACAAGGUUGAGAACUAUGAUGAUGAGGAUGCUGUCAUCCAGGUCAAGGAAUCCCCAUCAAGUCCCAUGCUACUGAAGAAUGCAACUAGGAUUACUGACAUUGGCAGGUCAAGUGGGAACCACACUGGUCUUCAAGUGAUGCAUUGGCUGCGGUCAUCAUUCCCAACAGCAAGAGACAUAUCGGACACGAAGUGGCAACUUGCAGCAGCAGCCACGGCAACAGAAGGAGGUACAGAAUUUCUGGAUGCCAACAACAAGAGCAGCAUCUCUGCCCCUGCAUCUGACGUGAUUGCUGGGAGUGGCAUGCUGUUUCGUUUCGGCGUGUCCCUAUGGUUCAGGGCAUCUAGCACAUCUGUUGACCAUGGCAUGGUUCUAAUAGAUGCGGGUCCGUUCAAGGUUGCCUGGAGCAAGGCUCUUGGACUGCAUUUCGCUGCAGGAGACGUGAUUGCAGGGACAAAAUUCCCCUUCAAUGACGGACUUUGGCACCAUGUGGAUGCCGAGUGGGACGGGAUGGAGGCGAGGAUCAAUGUCACCGGGGCAGAUGGGGCCGUUUACAGUGCGAGGAUGGAGGUAAGCGUAGAUCCGGAGGAGGGAACAUGCUGUACGGUGGACGGAGCUGGUGCCGAGCGAAAAGAGGGGAGCUGGAUCAUCAACUAUGAUGACCUGGUUGUGGUUGGCUCUACCGCUUCCCUCGAUCCAGCCUCAGUGUUUCAUGGACAGAUUGACGAGGUGGAAAUUCGAUACCAUGGGCAACUGGUUGGAUCAUUCCGGUUUGACGAAGGAAUGGGGCAGGGGUCAGCACUGGAGAAUGCAGUCAGCGGGCAGAAGAUGGGUAGCCUGGGCCUUGAGGGAGUGGGCGCGGCAAAGCGAGUGGUGUCAACAGCCCCCAUCCGCCAUCAAGUGAUAACGAUAGAGGAGAGCGGGCGGGCAUUGAUUGAACUGCGCUCUGUGAAAGGUCCUCAAGGCACGGGAACAGUGCGCACAUUCGUCAUCAGUUUGCCACACCGGGGGAAGCUUUUCUAUCUCAGAACAAAGCCUGGCUAUGGGGGAGCACAGAGGUGGACUAUAUUGAGCAAAGCCGGGGAAUGGGUGGCAAGCAGAAAGGUCAUGUAUCUGCCAGAGCCGAAUACCGACAGCGGUGGUGGUGUUUACACGUCAUUUAGCUACAUAGUUACGCAGGGAAGACGGCGAUCGACACCCGUAAACGUUAUCAUCAAGGUCGUUCCGGCAGUACGGAUAAUGAUCAUGAAUCCCCUGAACGUGACUGUGCAGGACUAUCAACGAGCAAGGAUCGACCUGUCCGCUGCAACCUUCAGCACUGCAAGUCUGGCUUUAACCUUUCGACUCAUCACCUUACCGGAUGCAGGGAUGCUGCACUUUGACAAUGGAACACGGAUUGAAUCUGUGCCCAUUGACGUUAAUGGAUCCUUUGUCCACUACAUUGCUCCUCCGAACAGUUUUGGUUGGCCAUUUGCUGCCUUCCACUUUGCUGUAAUCUCUGAUGGGCACCCUUCAUUUCAUUUUCCAGGCAAGGUGGUGGAGGUGGUGCUGAAUGUUGCAGGACGAGGGGUUCUUGACAUGGGAGGGAUGGGGCUGCUUGCUGUCCCCAGGUCUAGGAGCCUCCUCAUGGAAGAGGAGUUCACAGUGUUGGCGUGGGUGAGGUUGAAGCAACUGGGACCACGGUCUAGGGGCAGAUGGUGGUGCUUUGUGGGCUCUGCCGUGACACAGGCGAUGUUCCGCCAUGAAUCGCCUGAGACAGGAGAUCCCCAGUCGUUUAUAGUAAACAACCUACGGCUUUGGCCCAAGACCAUCUCUGUUGUGGACACACCCGGGAUGCCUACUCUCACACCAGAACGGUGGCAUCACAUCGCUGUUGUAGGGUCUGCCAUUGGUGGGCUGAAGCAGUUCUUUGUCGAUGGAAUGGUGGUGGCAACUCAGGCACAACUCCCCGAUAAGCACGUGUGGCAGCCCCCUGAUGCCUCUACCUUUUAUCUUGGAUCCAAUGGGAGCACCAAUGCUGGCGAAGAGUGCUACUUUCCUGGCAAGUUGGACGAGGUCAAGGUUUACAGCCGAGGCCUGAAUGCGUUGGAGAUUGCCGAAGAUAUGUGGAAGCGUAAUCAGCCUGUGCGUGCCAACGCUGUGGCUGAACGCCACCUAGUUGCGACCUGGACGUUCAAUUAUGGCCGGGAAAUUAUCGAAGGGGAGACCAGUGGCGAGACUGCUGUCAAAGUUGUCCAGCUUCAUGCCCCUGUUGCUAGUUUGACUACCAGGGCGAUGCAGUUGCUUAACCAACGGCUGGGCCCCUUGCAGGCAAUGAAGCCAGGAAGAGCAACAGCAGGCUGGGCCCUCCAGUUUGAUGGUGCAACUCCUGAUGGGGUGGCUAUCCUGAAUGUCACUGAGUGGACCCCACCAGCUCAAGUUGUUGGCCUCUCCUUUGAGGCCUGGGUGAAGAGUUCCGUUCCCACUGGGGUCUCCAUGGGAGUGAUGAGCGUCGGACGGUUCUCUGUCUAUUGGGACAACGUCGUUGGUCUUGCCCUAGAGAUCGAUGGGUCGAGGACGGCAGCAUACCACUCUUAUGAGCACGGAGUUUGGCACUACAUAGCUGCUGUUAUAUCAUACCACAAUCCCCAGAUCAAUGUUCCUAGUCCCCAUCCAGGGUACUAUCUCCUUCGGUUGUUCCUUGAUGGCGAGAUGGUGGCAGAGGCUCUAGCGGAUUCCAAGGGUUACAGGAUGUACGAGGACAUGACUGUCCUUUUGGGCACAAGUGCCGCAGUUCCAGCAGGUUUCAAGGGUACCAUUGACGAGUUCCGGGUCUUCCCAUUUGUCCGCUACUUAUCUGACAUGAAAGAUCGGUAUCGCAACCUCAGGGACGAUGAACUGGCAGGUUGCAUGUUCGUGUACUUGCCCAUGGACGAAGGAGAGGGUGACUUCACACAGGACAUUGCAAGUUUGGAUGGUAAGAGGCGGGCCAUCCUUGGCUCCUCUGCCUCGUGGGUCUUCUCCUCGGCACCUGUUGACAGCCCUGUCAUGCAAGUUGACCCUGCCUCCAAUUUCACUCUCUCCCUGCCUGCUGCAGAUAUUGACACUGACCCUUUGGACUUCACCAUACACAACAUCUAUCCAUUGGACUCGGGCAUGCUCAUAGACAUUGAUGCCAAUGGCGAACCUGUCCGGGGAGGUGCAAUCAAUCAUCGUCUUCCAUACACAUUGUCUAAUCCAAAGGGAAAGGUCUUGUUCUCAGGCUCUCCAUACUUCCGUGGACAGGCCGUGAUUGGCUUUCAAGUUGCCGACAGGGAGUACACUUCCGACCUGCUUCCUUUUGUGAUUGAUGUGCAAAGGGUAGGUGUGAGACCACCGAUGGCCCACACCUCUCGAUCAGACCCACUGGUUGCCCAGGUCUAUGGGGAGACUCCUCGGGUGAUUACCCUCCCGGGGCCAUUGGAUGUGCCGGCCGACGACCCGCAUAUCACCUACGUUAUCACCACACUGCCAUUCUCUGGUGAUGUGUUCCAGUACUCAGAGGAAUCCUGGAAUCAACAAGGCGACCUAAUCACGAAGCCAAUGACACCUGUCACUGACAAGCAUCACCGAGUUGUAUAUGCCCCUCAAUCUCCACUUCCAGCGUUGCAGGGUCAACUGAAUCAGGUUGCAGCGGCAUCCAUAUCUAGAGCUGAAGCAGAGGCUCUCUUGGGAAUCCACAGCAGUCGAGUGCUCUCAGACGACAUCCAGAACCCCGUCUAUGACGAUUCUAUUGCCGGUUCGUUUGAAAUAUCAGCAGCAAUCGGUGAGCCGCAACCACCUUACUCAGAUAUUUUUGCCUACGCCGUGAAGGACGCUCGUCUGAUUUCUGACGAGUCUUGGGUAGCUCUGAAUGUAAGCAUCCCGCCAGAGCUAGAGGCUGGAAAUAUGGUUGGUUGGGGUCAGCUUUCAUCUGCCCCUGCAGGUCGCUCUCUCUCACUGACUGGAUCUGCUUACGUGGAGAUCAAAGUGGGAAGGAGGAUGCCAAAGUUCACGGUGGAGCUUUGGGCGAGAGUGACAGGAAGCCGGGAACCAGCGGAGUCCAGCACAAUCCUUGCGUUUGCGAUUGCGAACGAGCAAAGUUUCGCACUCCAUUUUGGACAAGGUGGAAGAGCCAUGUUGACCAUGACUUUGGAAGGAAGGGAGAGCUUCUCGCUAGACAGCGGGAGCUAUUCGAUUUCGGACAGGGGCUGGCACCACUUAGCCUUCGGGAUUGGCAAUGAUGUGGUGUUCUUGGUCAUUGACGGGCAUUUGGUUGGCGAGGAAGAUGUGGGUUUAGAUGCUGGGGUUCAUAUCGAGGAGCUAUAUGUCGGUUCCUUGAAGGGAAAUCGGGACUCCUUCUUUACUGGGCUUGUGGAUGAGCUUCGUCUUUCUGCUGCGACUCUUUCGCCUGAAACCAUCCAGAGGACAAUGAAAAGUCAUCUCUAUGGCAUGCGAGCAAGUGUUCCUAGCGUCACGGUCACUUUCAAUGACGUCAGCUGGCUCAAAUUCAAGGGGGUGAAAACGGUUGGAAAUCCACGGCUGGUAGUUUCUCAUGCUCCCAUUGUCGACCACAGGGUGUACAGUCGGGACUCGCAGAGGCCCGUCAGCUUUCAGUUGUAUGGAUUCCCAGUAACAGCCAGUAUCUAUAUCACAAAGCUGCCUCCCAAAGGAUGGUUGGUGGAUGACCAGUCGCUAGACAAGUUGAUAUACACUCCAUGGAAGCUAGCAGGAAGCACAGUCCAGUUCCACAAUGACAAGUUUGGAGAUGUCAACACCGCUUUCUGCUACUGCAUCGGAGGCGAGGCAACAGUUGACCCAAGGAGGGCUCUUGAAGGUGUCGAAGGGGAACAACCAGUCUCAACAGGAUUGGUGUUUUCAGCAGAAACAUGUGUCAAGCUGGAGGUAUGGCGAGAGCGUGUCGACUCAGUGACAGCCAUAGUUGACGGACAAACUUGGAUGUCUGCCCCUCUGAACUCCUGGGGCUACGGCAAUCUGUUCGCGUAUGACGAAGACUCCAUGCAGGGAGUGGAUCGCCGCCCCAUACUCUUCCAAAUUCAUGAUCUUCCAGAGAAAGGAACCCUCUAUGACUCGUUUGGACCGGACAACCGGACUGUACCAGCGCUCCAACACAGGCUCAGAGUUGGUGAUGUCACAAAAGGAGCUUGGCAUGGUAGCUGGAGUGAGCAGCUGUUUGGCUCAGCAUUGGGCUUGUUUGAAGGGGGGAAGGGAGGCCACGAAACGUCUACUCCUUGGAAUGCCACCACCACUACAGCAAGCACGACGAGGUGGGGAGAGGGUCAACCAAUGAUGGUUGUAGAUUCACACUCAGAAAGCACUCGAGGAUUGAGGCAGCGCGGAGAAAGCGAAGGAGGCAGUCAAGAGCUGAUGGGCUAUCCACGCCGUCUUCUCAAUGACAAGGCCAGCAAUGUGAACUCGACUGGAGCAGUACGCCGCUGCAGCAGGGUCCUUGAUUCCCGUGGUGGAGCGGUUCAAGAAUCUUCAGCUGGCCACUGCAAGAACAACAUUCUCCGUACGCCCCCUCGCUCCAAGGUUCAUGGAGCAGGGUUCAACAUGUUACACUCAUCCCGCCGAUCAGCGACUUUGGCGAUGGAUGCAUCACUGCAUGGUGAAUCCUUGUGUGCCGCAGGUAGAAGUCCUUUCCUUGCUCCGCAGGCAUUCCCGUUGUCACCAUCCAUCUGGACCAUGGGCACAUCCACAACCCUUGGGCAAUGGCCCAUCAAAUCGGGCUCGUCGGACACAUUGGAGACGUUGCUCUCCUCUACGUUCUACUCCUCAUCACGAGGUUCUGACCGGGUCUUCACCUACCCGCGCACUACACCCGCUUCCUGUCCCGCACUUGGUUCCUAUCAUUCCUCUUACCACCAUGUGGGCAGAUCUCUUCUUGAGAAGGCUGCCACCAACCUCCAAGUGGGUUAUGCACAACUUGCGUGGAUGAUGCUGGCAGACACACCACCCCCUCCUACGAGUGAAGGUCCAGGUUUGUUUGACGCAAUCUUCGAUGAGCUGGAAAACUCAAGCCUCAACUUCCUAGAACUCUUCGAUCCUCAUGUAGAUCAGUUGAAUGCUACCGAUAUGCCUUCCUACUUGAACCGACCAUCAUCUGCUCCUCCUUCUGACCGACUGUACAGUACCAGUUUCACGUAUGGUUCGAUGGCUGAUGGUGGCAAAGUUCUGAACAACGGCACAAUGGAUGUGUUUGUGGUCAAUGCAAGUAACACACAUCCUGGCAUGGAGGCAAAGGAACCCACAGGCGACACUGCGUCUUUGUUUCCCCCGCCAAGGAUAAAGCCAUCAGAUAAUGUAGGUAGGGUUCUAGCCGGCCAUGCAUGGCUAACACAGCGCAGUGACCUGGUGAUGACCCUAAUCAGCCCUCACAAGCUGACAGGAUCAUUCACAGUGGAACUAUGGGUUCGCGUUGAAGGCUAUCAGGGAUUUACACGGGAGCAAGUUUACAAGAAGAUGGAUGGAAGGACUCUGUUAGCUCGCCCAGCAUGGUUCUAUCUUCGAUGGAAUGGGAUGCAAGGACUGACAUUUAUAGUGGAAGGGAGGAACAGAGAAAGAGUGGUUGCCAGCUGUGGUGAAGAGACACCCUGUGAUGUGGAGGAUUUCAAAUGGCACCAUGUGGCUGCAACAUGGAACGUUACAUCCCAAAGAGCUUCCUUGUUCAUUGAUGGAAGAUUAAGGGGCAAUUCAACAUACAGCGUAGAGGGGUCGAGAGUGGGAUCAAGUGCACUGAUCAGCAGUCUCUCCGUGGCAGAACAGGUGGGAAUGCCAGAGGACGAAGAUGAGACCUCUGAUACAGAAAGCCAUCACCAAGCAGGAGAUGCAUCAACCAGUCAGUCAGCAAGCGGUCGUGAGGUUGGUUUCACAUUGUCUUCAAGCGACUCUCCCCAAAACGAUCAUAUGGACUUGCUGCUUUUCCUGGACCAGCUCUCAAAGCUGGGAAAUGACAGCAUGACUUACCGUUCAUUCCCUGAAGAAGAUGAAGACAAAUCCUUCUUUGACUUGCUCGAAGGCAUUGGAACAGGCAACAGCAAGCUGCUCACCAGGAAAAGUGUGAAGCCCCGUCCUCGAGGACACAAUAGUGAUGGGGCUGGAGGAGACGGAAUAGCAACUGCGAGUAACAGUGAAGAGGUUCAAGAGGGUUCUGGUUCCAGUUCUGUGGGAAGACAGCUUCAGGUUUUGAGCACGUCAGCGCAGUCGGACAUAGCUCCUCGUGGGACCUAUUCUCCAAUAGGCCCGCAGUCAUCGCCAUUCCCGAGGCUGACGUUCAGAGAAGCAGACAUGUGGGGUGUGUUCAUUGGAGGCGAUGGCACAGACAAGGAUAAGAGUUUUUUCUUUGGGGUGAUCGAUGAAGUGCGGGUGUGGAGCAGAGCGCGUAGUGAAGAGGAGAUUGGGAACUACAGCAGCUGGUGCAUGGGAAGUAGCAGCAGCUCUUCAGACGACACACUGGAGCUUUAUUAUCAAUUUGACAGGGAGAUACGCGCUCCUGGACCAUUGGGAUAUGGAGAAGCAAGAGUGUGGGACACAGCAAGAAAGGCUCACGGAGUCUACCUUGGGGAUGGAUGGCCAAGGUUGGUUCCUUCCCAUGCCCCCAUCAGGGCCAUUGCACUGCAGGUCAUGACAAGAUGUGUGUACAUGCGAGGGAGCUGGUGUUGGGAUCAGGUCUCUUUUGGUCGAAACAUCCUCCCAUCUCCCAGUGGUCAGCUGCCAUCACCGGUGGAUUUGCUGGGAGAAACUGCCCUAGUGAAGGGAAGGUAUGGAGAUGUCGCUGUGCCACCUAUGGAUGAGCGCACAUCAGGCCUUGGUGUUUACAUGAUCCGUGCUCCUGAGCGAGGAAUAGUGAUUGGUUACUCCAAUGAUCUUGGAGUCCCAUUCCAGCUCCCAAAUGGUCAAACUCUUUUCAAGCCUUCAACAGGCCCCGAUGAGUGGGGGCUGAGGUACGCAUCCUUGGGGCUAUCAUAUGGCCGCCCACAAGGGCCAGAGGGAAAACCCGGGCAACGUGGUACUGUUUACCAUCUGUGGCCAGCAGUGAAUGUGGUAUUUGAUGUCAUAAGAGAGAACAUGCCUCCAAAGCCAGAGUCAUCUUUUUUUUUAACUGACCCUCUGACGCCGGUGAGAGUAGAGCUUCCAGUGACUGACCCGGACGCGGGGGAUAUUCUUACCGUCAGAAUCUUGUACGUUCCAGACUACGGUGUCUUGUACGAGACAGAUGAGUUGGGUCGCCCUACGACUCCCUUGGGUUGGAACCCCGUCACAGGAACAUCUUACCUCCCAGCAGCAUAUAAGGUGCGAGUUGGGCACGACGGAAGGCCAGAGCGACCACUUGCGUUCUUGUACUUCCCGCAGCGGGGCUUGGAGCCAUCAGGGACUCUGAAUGUCUAUGGAAAAGGCUCUGUCAUGAAUUACGUGACCAGCUUCAUGUUCCAAGUGGUGGAUGACUCAGAGGCAAAGCGAAACCACGGUGGAGGAGAAAGCUGGAGGAGGACCGGAAAAGAACAACAAAUGCAACAUAAUGGGACCUGGUUGCAGAAGCAGCCGACGAACCAAACAAUGCUCAGAAAACAACAGCAAUUCCCACACAAUGGAACCUGGGUGCAGAAGAACCAGACAAACCAAACAACGGUACAAACUGCCUCUGUGGGAGAAGACACUGGUGAGCAGUUGAUCUCCGCUGCUGGAGGCCCGCCAGUGUACCCGACAUCAGCACUGGUCACCAUCAUGGUGCUGAACAACAAGAUGCCGCUGGAGUAUACGCCACGCUUGCCACCUCGAGCUGGGGAGCGCAGCUUUGCGCUCUGUCUGGAUGGAACUAUGGACUCGCUGCGGUUUGAAAAUUUCAUGCUGCCGGCGAGUGGAUUCUUGCCACGCGAUGAUGGGAAAGGGUAUACAAUCCACUUGUGGAUCAGAAACAUCGGCCCGCAGUCCAAUGGAGCAACAGUGCUGAGCUUUGGUAGAGCAAGACUGUUCUACGAGUUGUCAACAGAGGGAAAGGGUCGGCUUGUUCUCGCUUUCGCCUACAUUACCAAAGCCGGGCAAAUCGUCAAAAGGAGAUUUGAAAGCGAUCACAGCGCCCAGAAUGUGUAUGGAUCGCUUGGGGAGUAUGGUGGAAACAUUGUGGUCGGAAGAUGGGAAGAGGCUCUUGGUUCAGGGGAUAGCCUUUCACGUGGCAAGUCAGCAUUGGAGGUGUUGCAUCCUACUGAACUGAGGAAGAGCCUCGGCAAAGAUGCCUGCAGUGAUGGUGGUGGGGGUGGCAGUAAUGGUGAUGUUUUCAGUAGUCUGCUGGUGGCCGUCAGAAGGAGCAACAGCAGCAGCUCCUCAAGACGGAGUGCACAGAGGAGGUUGCAGGAGCCGAGCUCAAGCUACUGGCGAGGUGAGGUUGAUGAGAUUGCCAUUCUAAGUGCACCACUGCCAGUCGCAUUUCUUACAUCCAUCCGUCAGUUUGUGAGGCCCUUGAUCAGCUGGUACAACGAAAACAGCUAUGAUGUGAUGGGACCCUACGAUGCCAAGACGUCCAACGCAACCGCUUUCCGGGGGCAGCUUCUCGGGAAUUGGAGAUUCAACAUGAGAACCCUGAUAGGAGGAGCAGAGGAUGGAGCAGCAGGAGGAGGACGAGUGAAUGGGCCAGUUACGAUUGCUGAUUCAACAGGACGGAACUGGGCGGCCUCCAUUGUAGGCAAACCAGCGCUUGUCAUCUCAGAUGUUCCCAUCGGGUCAGCAUCCUGGUGGUGGAAUGCUCAAGUGGUGAACGAGAUGGAGGAGGUCACCAUGAAGAUUAGUGGGGAUGCAGAGAUGGCUAUCAUUACGGGCCUUCCCUCACAAGGGCAGCUGUUUGCCGGUGGGAAAUACUCAACGCGUAACUGCAUUGCCUACGUGCCAUACAUGCUGAACCAAUCUGACUGGCAGAUUACGUACCGGCCUGGGCUGCUGCAGACAAGCACAAAAGGAGUAAGGCGCUACACAGGGGAGGUGAAGCGAGAGACUGUGAAGUAUGUCCUCGCAUCUGUGGGAGGAGAAGUCUCAAAUGAGGAUGGCAUUGGAAUCAUUGUCAAGCAAGUCAAUCACAUGCCAUAUAUCAUAAACAAUCUCACUGAAAUUGAUGUCGUCGGGUACGAUGAUAUUCCAAUUGAAUUGCCUGUCUUCGACAAGGAGGGAGAUAACCCUGUGGUGACCAUAGUAAAGCUCCCAACAGCGGGCUCCCUUUAUGAGUCGGCGAGUGAGAGGGGUGACGACCGUGGAAUGCACAUAGACAGAGUCCCAUGGCCACUACACUCACCUUGGAUACCCCAGCGAGUUCUGUACAGCCCGGUGGUCAUUGACGGUGACUAUAUGUUUUCUCCGGAUGAGGGUGAUGAGGGUUCGGCACGUGAUGGUCACACGGGUUGGUUUCACUUUGCAGUAACCGACAAAUAUCAUGCCCCCGCGCUGAGUGAGUCUGGGAUCGUCAAAUUCAGGGGGCUGAUGCCACUCGGUUUGUUCCAUCCCAAGCCAGCAGGCAAUGCUGGAUUUGCAAUCCUGUUCCCAGGCCAAGGCGAGAAGGUAGUCGUCAAAGGCUGGAAAUCUGUCUCUCAAGCGGAGGCAUUCAUACUCGAGGCAUGGAUCAAGGUGCCAUUCGGUGCAUCAGGCGGGACCUUCCUCAGGUCACGUUGGUUCUCGAUCAAAGCGGAGUCGGGAGGAAACCUGGUAUUUUCCCUCCUCCGCACAGAUGGAGUGACCAUUAACGGCACAGCCCCAUAUCCCACGGAUAACAGAUGGCACUUUGUAUCUUGUUCAUGGAACGGCACACUAGCAGUUCUCUUGGAUGGAAAGGAAGUAAGCGUUUGGGAUCUUCAGGCCAUAUUCACGUCUCGGGUCGUAUCAGACCCACCUGGACAAGACCUCGAGAUCGGUGGAGGUGGCUCGGCAAAUGGAUCCUUCCAGGGGGUGAUUGACGAGGUUCGCAUUUGGAGGCUCGGCUUACUCAAUGGAACAAUGAAAGAUGUAGAUCGUUCCGGUUGGAGCUCUCCUGUAGGAAACGAGCCAGGCUUGAUGGGUCUCUGGCGCUUCAAUGAAGCUGAUGGAGAUGUAGCAGCUGACUCGUCAACCGGUCGUUCUGACGCUAAGCUAACUGCUGCUGACAGGUCUGCAGGAGACAAACUUCCCAUCUGGGUCUUGUCAGGUGCACCAGUUGGGGACUGGGUGAGGCUCCAGGAAGACAACCCCAAACGGAUCAAGCUCGGGGUGGGUCUUGGUGGCACCUCUGACAUGGGAAUUAUUUUAUCCUUACCGCGGCAUGGGACCUUGUUUGACAUAGCAGAAUUUGGUCCGACUGCUGCUGUACCCAUCACCAUGGUUCCAGUUGGUUUGGUGAACAAAAAGUCAUAUGUGGUCUAUAUUCCAGAGAAGGAUUAUUAUGGACCAGAUCGGUUUUGGUAUCAGGUAGCAGAGAUAUCCACCGCAAGGCGGUCGCUUCCUGUGCGGGUAACGAUUGUCGUCGACCCAGUCAAUGAUCUGCCAACGGUGGCCUAUCGGUCCACAAAUGUGUCCAUGAUGAUGAACACAAUGACCAUUCUCCAAGUUGUAGGAACAGACGUUGACGGGCCUCUCCAACGACCUCAGCUACUGGUUCGCGUACUCCCUGUCGGUGCGCAACUCUUCCAAGUCAACGAUGAUGGAGGGAUGGGCAACCAGAUCACCAGCCUUCCUGCCAUUAUCGAUCAUCCUGAUGGGCUGGUCAUGUACCGGCCGAACAUUAAUGCCAGGGGUUACAAGUACGAUGUGGUGGAGUUCUGGCUCACAGACGGAAUCGGCUUUACAGGACCCAUAGAGAUUACCGUCACCGUGAUACCCUUCUUGGCCGGCUGGUUUAAGAACAAUAACUUUAUUGACCCAGCGAUGAUUUCCAUUGCGGGCAAAUUAAACAAUUACACUCUGGAGUAUUGGAUUCAUUACCCACGAAACACCAGUUACCUUUCCUAUUAUCACCCUGAAAAUUUUUAUAUUGCCAAAGCAGCGAAAGCAGCAGCUUCUCAGCACUUCCUUCCUGCGGCUAUAACAGAUGAAGAUCAGCUGUAUCUCCCAGCUGGGAAAGCAGAACAGAAAGCGAGUUCUGCUGUGACCAUAUCCACCGUAUCCCAGCAGCAGCAGCAGCAACAGCAGGCCAAUCAAAUACCCUUCCGCAUACGACCUGUGAGUUCUUCCCUUAGGGAUGCAGUUGCGAGGCAGAACACAACAUUGACUAUCGUGAACGGAUCAGAGGCAGUGGUAAUUGCUAUGGCUGGCGAGUAUCCUCAAUUUGAAGAGGGUGAAGGUACUUGCCGUAUUCCUCCAAGCCUGCGUAUUAGACCAGGCAUGGGACCGCGGACGCUACCAGAGGUCAUAGGGGUUCCAUGGGGACGUCCUGAGUAUGUAUGGGGAACUUACCUGCAGCAGUUUGGUUGCACAGAGGCAGGUGCAGUCGACCCAAGCGUUUCCCCUGCCCUGAAUAGUGGGACUAUACCCAAAAGCUUCGAUCUUCUUGAUGAUCAGUGGCAUCACGUAGCCGUAUCCUGGUCUGGUGACGAACAGGUGCUGACAUUCUACUAUGAUGGUCGGAUGGAUGUGCCCAUGUCGCUCACGCAAUGCGCCCGUCUACCCAACCCUGGCGAGCUUCUUCGGUUCUCAGAGAGUUAUGUACGUCUAGGGCUGACAACCAUUCCCGGAUUCACAGCUGAACUCGACAACGUCAGAGUUUGGGACUACACUUUGAACACGACAGAGGUGCGAUGGGUAAUGCACCGUCAACCGCUAACUGACCUCGUCAUGAACGUCUCGUACGAUGAAUCCUUUGACCACCUCAAGGAGGGAGAAGGAGGUCCCGGAGGAGCAGACAGCUCGGUCGUUGUGGAGGCUCCAGUUGCCGGGCACGGGGGGUAUGCCCUCAAGUUUGGCUGUGGGGACCUCCACUUGGUCCUCGAUCGCUUGAACUACCCGAAUGGCUCUUUCUCUGUGGAAUUGUUCUUUGUGGCUUUUGAUGUGCACAACACGACAGGCGUGCUCAUCAGCAAGGGUGGUAUGUAUGGUGGACAUGAGGAUGACGUAGGGUCGUUCUCCCUCCAAUGGUCUCCGGAAUCCAAGCUUGGGUUCUACGUAGGCCUCGAUAGCACAUGGGAUGCCAUGGUUGCUGCAGUAAGCACACAAAGCCAUGCCGAUCGGGUAUGGCAUAGGGUGAUUGGGACCUACAAUGCAGAACUGGGAAUGGCCAGCCUAUAUGUGGAUGGAAGGUUGGUUGGGAGGGGCCGCUCCACAGUGGACUGGACGAGUGUGAAUCCAAAGAACGUAACAGACAGGAUCACAAUUGGGGCUGAUUAUACUGCGUCCCGUCCAUCCAUCUUCAAAGGAACAAUUGAUGAGCUGCGUCUCUAUGGGAAAGAGCUUGAUGAGGGGAAAAUAGUAUUGGAUUGGCUUGGGCGAAGAACACCCAAUGCUUCAGACCCUGGUCUGAAGCUCAUCGGGCAGUGGAAACUGGAUGAGUCAGAAGGAGAUGAAGUGAGCCCAUUUGCUGGACAAGUUGUUGGCACUAAGCGGUCGGAUAGGAUCGUCACAUCAACAUGUCGAGGGAAUAACCCUUGGGUUUCUUCAAGUGUUAAUCUGACGGCCAGAAUCAAGCUGCAGAAGAAUGUCAUCCACUGGGGCCUAGCACAGCUCAUGGCGGUCAAACGAAAAGCUGGAAUCAACUAUGUUCUCUUGCAGAUGCCCAAGAAGGGAAUGAUACAUGAGAUCUUCCGGUUCGGCAAAGGGGUUGAGUACAAUGAUACGUCAUUGGAUGGACCAACCUUUGAGGAAGGGCGGGCCGAGGUGUGGGAGGACUGGUCUCUCCAGCAGUGGUGGGCUGCAGCCGAACAAGCAGUAACCGGCCGCUCGCUUCUUGAAGCCCUUGACGCCACGGAUUUCACAGGCUACUCCCUAGCGCCAAACGAUACGAUUGGAGGGCUCAAGGCCAAGGGUUUUGUGCGAGGGAGGCGAUUCCGCAAGGCUCCUCGUCCUUUGUGGGCAACGAUGUUGCUCUACACUGUCACCAACUUUACCAUCGACCAGCAGCCGCGAAGCAGGUCAUGGUCUCGCUGGGGCGGUCUCCUUCCUCCAUUUGACACAUUCUCGUACACGGUGACUGAUGCGAGAGCUGUGUCUGCCCCAGCUCAGGUCAAUGUCUACAUGGUGACCAGCCGAAACAUCCCCUACGCCAAUGUGGAUCAAUGGGAAUCAGGAUUGGAAGACACACCCAUUGACAUCGUGCUGGAUGUUAGGGACGAGGCAGGGGAUUACCUCGUGGUGGAAAUCCUUGAGUUUCCAGAACAUGGAACAUUGAACGGGGCGCUCAGUGCCCCACUGUUUGUCCUCCCGGAUGACGACUUCCGGCUUGUUGUCAGGUACUUGCCCGAAGAAGACUGGAACUCUGGCCCAUCCCUGGAAUUGUUGGACGGUUUCACGUAUCGCGCCCAAAACCAGUUCGACAUUUACUCGAAUGUGGGUCGGGUCACCCUGACCGUCAUACCUGUCAACGACCCACCACGCAUCAUGGCUCCCCGAGAACACGGCAUCUUCAGGCGUACUGCACGUCUUGUUGGACUUGGCUUUGAUGAUCCAGACGCAUUUGAGUACAACGUGACAGGGUACACUCUCACUCUGCAGGUUGAGGUUGGCAAGCUUUCUUCGGUCAAGUUCGACAGCAAGGCUAUCAUUGACAGCGCUACGCCGUUUCUAUCGACUGCUGGUGAUGUGGAUGACAUCGACGAGUUCUUGACACAGAUUUACUAUUACUCCUCAGCUGGUAAAGGCUCAUCGGACAAUCUGACGAUCGUUGCGACAGAGAUUGGCGGUCAGGAAGUUCAGGUGUCCACGUUGUCAGAUAUAUUCAUCUAUCCAUACCCAAUGAUUGUCAUGCAGUACACAAACAACGGGAGGAAACUCGUCACUAGGUACGAAGCUGCUACGAACAUGCGCGGUAUGGAACUGAAGGGGUCUCCAGGAUAUACCAGGGAUUGCAACGAACUUCUCACUGUGGCCACGGUUGCACUUCUUGGCAAGGGCGCCUUAUGUGAGUGGAGAACAGUAAAAGAGUUCCACAUCAUUCUUGGCAGCAAUCACUCAGUCUUCCCUGGUACGCUGCUGACAAUCAAACAGGGGGUGACAGUAUAUUUGAAGCAAGGAGCCGUCAUCCUAGGGAUGAUGGAUCUGCUUCCCAAGAUGCCUGAAUCGCCACGGAGACCAUGGGCAAAGGUCUAUCCGCGAGGGAGUCGAGUUGGGGCUUGCCAGCCAUUGACUGUUGAUGGUACAGUCUCAAAAGGAGGUCUUGGUCAGCCGCUCCAGUAUCGGUGGCGAGUCAGGGGCAUUGGUGUCACCUUCUUCGACCCCAUCGGGUUUGAGUUCUUCAGGAAAGUCCGGAGGUCUCGAGGACCUAGAAUUGUGUUCCGACCCAAGGAGCUGCCGCCACAAGGAGACUUUGUCUUCCGACUGAAAACCAUAAACUUCUUCAGACUGUUUAGUGUAGCAUCCGCAGCUGUCGUGAACAAGUUGAACGCAACCCUGCCUCUUGUCCAAGUGGACAGCCCAUUCUUAGUCAGUCAGGAGCAAUACGAGCAGCUUGACCUGCCUGUAAUCGUUAAAUCCAACCCUUGUAGCAGUGCGCCCAUGACGAGAAUCUCCUAUUCAUGGAAAGAGACAACUCGACAGCUCGCUGGCUUUGACAGUGAUACUCAAUCCUCCGCCGUGACCAUUAGUGCAGGAGCACUUAGACCUUAUUGGGAUUAUAACGUGCUGGUCAACGUAACGGCGUGCACAGACGGCAACAUCUGCUCCUGGAGCUACGACAAUAUAACUGUACAAGUGACCCUGCUCCCUCUGGUUGCUUACAUCCUUGGCGGGUGGGAGCGAACAUGGCCCAGCGACAAAGAGCUUCAGCUUAACGCUUCCAGAUCUGUGGACCGCUCAGCAUCCACUCAAUACCCUGGGCCAGGCCUUGCCCAUGAGUGGACCUGCCUUGUCAGACCGAGUGAUGCUGGCUGUGAAUUCCAUAUUCCUGAAGAUGUCCGCAAUGAAGGCGACUACCCCAUUGACGUGGAGACAACUACUGGCGUGUCUCUCACCUUUGCGGCAAACACCUUGCCUGUUGGUCAAUACAACAUCUCUGUCCUUACUUACAGCCAGGAUGAGCUUGAUGAAAGAUUCGAUGAAACCUGGGUAAUCCUGAACAUUGUAGAGCCUGGUAUACCUCUGGUGGAAGUGAACACCUAUCCGCUGAAUUAUAAAGCCAAUCCCCAGAGAAAGAUGCUGGUCGAUGCACUGCAGAGUGCUCCUUCUGCCGGACCUGGGGACAUAGACUCCUUGACCUUUUCAUGGGAGGUUGAUGCCGUAACUGGGGACUUGGAGGAUGGCACCUGCAGACCACUGCUUAUGCCUGAGUGUACCAUGCCCAUUACAGACGAGUCGGAGAGAGAGAAACUGAGGAGGUCACGAGAGGUAAUACUCACAGCACCAACUCUGCCACAGCUACAGUUCGCCUCCAACAAAUUGCUACCAGGCCGCUAUGUUGUCACAGUCACGGUCAAGGACACGGCCACAAACAACACAAACAAAGUGUCAGUGGUGAAGUCGGUGCUGGUGAUCAACAUGCCUCCCUCGAGGGGCACAUUGGUCGCCAUCCCCACAUCAGGAACGGAGACAGACGUCAAGUUCACGAUCCAAACGUCCAAGUGGCGGGAUCCAGAUGUCCGUAUCAUUCACCAGUAUGGGUUUGUGAGUGAAACAUGGGGCUGGAAACCACUGUCUCGCCGGACUCCCCUCCGCAAGAGAGCGAUAUGGGUCCCAGCAACCAAGAGUGUCCAGAUAAAGGCAUUCGAUGCCAUUGGCACCUAUGCUUCUACGUCAUUCCCUGUUGAUAUAAAGCAGUCCGACCCCUGCUGCAUGGACGAAGUGAAAUUCCGAGCAAGGCUGGACUCACGCAUCCCCAGCAUAGCACAGUUCCUUACCAAUGGCAGUCUGGAUGAUGCUUUCGAGCUGGCAGUGUCUCUAGGGUUUGCUCUUGAUAACCACCCAGAGUAUGGCUCCAUGCAAGAGAGAAUGAAGUGGCGAAUUGCACUCCUUGAGCCAUUCAUCGCUAAGAAGCAGCUCUCCUCAGAUAUCCUUCUUCCUUAUCUGUUUGUGGUGGGAAGUGCCUUGGGGCCUAAGAAGGAGGUUGCAAGCACCCUUUUUGAUGAUGUAACUGCUUGGCUGGGAUCGGUGUUGCGUGAGCAAAUCGAUGAAGACGAAGGAGACGAGGUCACUCGCAUCAUCAGUAAGCUGUUUCUGGCAGCCUCUCGGGCGGUAGUGCCGAGGAGAAUGCCCAUAGCACCAACUGAAGAUGGGCAAGCAGCAGCAAGAGUAGGUGGUGACGGUGGCGGUGGUGGUUCAGGAGAAGUUCCCGUGGAAGGGAUUAUCAUCAACUCAUCGUCCACUGCAGGUGUGCCGGGUGUCUUUCAGCGAAGGCAGCGGGUUCUUGCCUCUAAAAUGUCCCCUCCUGUCCUCACCGGACGUACUUACCGGACACUAUCAGAUCUCAUUAACAGGGCAGCCAUCUCUGUGGGAAUGAGCCCAUCGAUAGGAAUGACGGUGUUUACUCCUGAUGACUUCGCUGAUUCAGAAGUUCUGUACGUGGCCCGCGGCACGAAAAUGAGAUUGAAGUGGUUCAUUGCCGUAGGUAUCGAGACUGACCAGUUCAAGAUCCCUCCUGGGCUGCAGGUUUCCGGUGCGUCACCAGUCAUUGCACUUGUUCAUCGAGUGUUUCGUGACUUCAACCCUUCCGACUUUGGGAAGAAUCGACGGCAGCCAUCAGGUUGGGUGGUGGGUCUUCAUGCCUACGAUGGGGCCCCUGGUCCAGCUGGCCAGAGAUCUCGAAGGAAGAAACUCUCCGUAAAGGUUCCGUCAGGGCGAGACAUCAUCAUCCGUCUUCAGCACACCAAGCCACGACACAAGCGCCAGUACUGUUACGUGUUUGAUGAAAAGGAUGGACGCUGGACCACAAAAGGUGUUUCCGUGAUUAAGAGCCUGUCAAACGACACGGUGACUGUUUGUAAGACCACGAGAUUCGGUGAUUUUGCACCAUUUAAUGCUGGCCCCGGACCUAACCUCGGGUUGAUUCUGGGGUUGGUCCUUGGGCUGCUUCUACCACUGCUCUGUCUGCUGCUGCUGCUUCUGCUCCUGUGGUGGAAGAGGAGAAAGGAGAGAAAGAUGGCAGAAAUGCUUGAGGCUUCAGAUAACCAAGAGACUCUGGAGGUACAGGGUCUACUUGGCAACCCAGGAGGAGUAAUCCGUGCGCCUGCAGCAGGAAGUGUCCGCACAACUGCUGCCCUCGAGGAGGAGGGCACCCCUCAACCAGAAGUAGAACCACCCCAGACUCCUGCCUCGCCGGAGAAGGAGGCCGAGCGAAACUCAUCACGUCUGGGUUUUGCAGCUGUCCGCGUCCUGGAGUUUAGCAUCUCGUCGCAGGUUGUGCAGUUACUGAGCUGUGCACACCCCGGUCUUGCUGUUACCAGCUUGUGCAGUUAUUGCGCUGUGACCAGGUUUGUGCAAUUACUGUCCUGUCACCAGGUUGUGAAGUUAUUGUGCUGCAGUUACUGUGCUGUCACCAGGUUGUGCAGUUAUUGUGCUGCAGUUACUGUCCUGUCACCAGGUUGUGCAGUUAUUGUGCUGCAGUUACUGCGCUGUCACCAGGUUGUCCAGUCAUUGUGCUGCAGUUACUGUGCUGUGCACCCGCUGGUCUUGCUGUUACCAGGUUGUGCAGUUACUGUGCUGCACCCGCUGGUCUUGCUGUUACCAGGUUGUGCAGUUACUGUGCUGUGCACACGCUGGUCUUUGCUGUUACCAGGUUGUGCAGUUAUUAUUGUGCUGUUUUACCAGGUUGUGUACGUAUUCAGCUAUGCAGGUUCUGGACUUGCUCUUACCAGAUCGUGCAGUUCCUAGUGUGUUUGUAACUUUGUAGUAGUUACUGUGCUGUGAAGUUACCAGGGCAUACAGUUACCAUUCCUGAUAAACCACCAGUACACGGACCCAGGCAACCUGAGAACAACGACAGUCUCUCUCCGAAAAAAUUCCAAGGCUCGGGGCAAGGGGACCAAAAUGGCUGGCAGUGCCAGCCGCCGCCAGCCACAGCAAAACCAAAAAUGCCAUGCUAACGUUUCGGCGAAGCUUGGUGUGCAGGGGAGUUCCCCCUCGUACAAACGACGUGGCGACGUACUGGUGGUUUAAGCCAAUGCAGUGUGUCAGCUACCGUGUUAUGUUGGAUAGGCAUGUGCCACAUUUGCCUACCUGUGUUGGAGUGCAUUUCACUCAUCUGUAAGUGGAAUUAUUCUCACUGCUUGUUUUCAGGAUUGUGUUUAUUAACUGCGGAGGGGUGGGCUUACUUGCUCUGUUCCUUUGGGGGUGUAUCGAUCAUCUGGCGCUCCUUCUGGACGUAGAGUUGGAUAUGGGAUGGAUGCCCUUCUCUGGAGUUGUACGGAUCAGAGGGAGCAAGAAUGGCAAUCAUGGGGUGAGAUGAUCAAUAAGUCCACUCUUUUUUUUCUCACUUAAAAGCGCAUCGGCCUCAAGUUAUCAUCAUUGACCUGACCGGCCCUAGGUAAAAUUCGGUACUACCUUAUUAUGUUCCUCUGCCUGCAUCUAGAUUCGAACUGGGGUCUGUAUUUCAACAGUUCAUUGGUUGUACCAACUGAGCUAGGCCAAUUGGUCCCAUAACUCCACUCAGUAGGUUCACUCUUUCCUUCUUCUUUGUGGCACCAGCUGAUAGAUUUUGCGUGGGUGGUUCAACCGUCUCACCGUCAUGGGUUCUGCUGAGGUUUUUCAACGGCUUGGUGGACCCCCUUUGCGACAAAAUCAUUCAUAAAUCAAUUGGCAUCAAAUUG